UUGGAGCAGUGAGUUUUGGCGGAAGCUCUAUGCAAAUAAAACCAAACCGAACACAUUUUACAGGCAGCAUGUCCAGCAGAAUCGGGUAUAAACUGAUCUAAAGAAAUCUUAAAACGAGCCGCUGUACUGAGCAGUGCAGUGCAGCUGGCGCUGUCUGGGAGCUUUGCUGCUGCUGGCCUGUGUCUGAACAGCAGGCUAAGGGUCAUUCGGCGUGACCCUGAACUUCGGCCCAUUUCUUGGUGAAGCUGCUCAGCACCGCGGGGAUGUCCCGGCUUCUUCUGCGGCUCCUGGCCGGUCAGCUGACCCGCAGUGAGGCGCAGCUGCAGUGGCUUCGCUCCGCACCACGCCGCUCCAUCAUCGACCUCUCAUACUCGGCACAUCUCAUGGACUUCCAGCGCUCGUCCAUACCGAGCUCCAUGAGGAAGCUGGUAGCGACCAAACUGAGCCAGAACUUUAGGGAGGCGGUUUCUCUUCAGACAGUCCCAGUACCGACACCGGGCGACGGAGACCUGCUUAUCCGAAACCGGUACGUUGGCAUAAAUGCAUCUGAUAUAAAUUAUUCGGCCGGAAGAUAUGACCGCUCCGUGACUCCUCCCUUUGAUGUUGGAUUUGAGGGUGUGGGGGAGGUGGUAGGUUUGGGUCUGAGUGCCAGUUCCAGAUUCACUGUAGGUGACACUGUUGCAUAUAUGAGUCCUGGAGCUUUCGCAGAAUAUACAGUAAUUUCUGCAAAAAAUGCUAUUCCAGUUCCAUCUGCCCGGCCUGAGCUGUUAGCUUUGCUGGUUAGUGGAGCGACAGCCCAUAUUGCUCUCCGUCAAUUAGGGGAGCUAAAACGGGGAGAAACGGUGCUGGUCACCGCUGCGGCUGGAGGAACUGGGCAGUUCGCCGUUCAGUUUGCUAAAAUGGCCGGCUGCCAUGUGGUGGGUACGUGUUCUUCACAGGAAAAAGUGGAAUUCCUGAAGACUCUUGGCUGUGACAGAUCGAUCAACUACAAGAUGGAAGAUUUAGCUGCUACACUACGCAGGGAGUACCCUCGGGGUGUGGAUGUAGUGUACGAGUCAAUAGGGGGCAGUGUUUUUGACCUUGCAGUGAACAGUCUGGCCACUAGGGGCAGACUGCUGGUUAUUGGUUUUAUCUCCGGCUAUCAGAGCGCGUCCGGCCUGCAGCCAGUGAGGGGCAGCACUAUCCCUGCCAAACUGCUGCAAAAAUCGGCCAGCAUACGCGGCUUCUUCCUGAAUCACUUUCUUUCCGACUACAACAAUUCACUGAGGAGUAUGCUGGAGCUGCUUACUGCAGGCUGGUUGGUGUGUAAGGUGGAUAGUGGUGAGCGAGAUGUGGGCGGAUGCUUCAUGGGACUGGACUCUGUGUACAGAGCUGUGGAGUACAUGUACGCAGGACACAACCUGGGCAAAGUGGUGGUGGAGCUGCAAAAUAACAGGAAACUGUAAUUAAACUACAAUCAGACCAGAUCCUGAAAAUGCCUUAAUAGCUAAAAUCAGUAAAUCUAGUCCUAUUUUCAAUGAGUAUAUUUUCCAUGUGUCAUGUCUGAAUGCUGAGUUAUUGUUACUAUUAACAUGAAUGUAAUUUUUCUCUUAAGUCUUAGUUCUGAAUUUACACCUGUAUACUGACAGUGCUGUUCUCUGUUUACAUCCUGUAAUCCACAUUUAAUUUUUUGUGUUUUUUUGACAAUUAGAAAAUAAAGCAGCUCUUAAAGCCAGUGACUUGAUGGCGACAUUAA